GAUUCCCCUCGUCUUACCACUGUCUUACCCAGCCCUUUCAACAGCCUUGACCAGCCUUGACCAGCCUUAACCCAGCCCUUGAACAAGCCUUUGAACGCAAGCCCUUGCAAUGAACCUUGACAGGGGGAGGGGAUGUGUGUCUACUGUGUACCUAUGUGUGUAUGCGUGUCUGCGUGUAUGCGUGAUUAGGUGGAGAGGUCGAGGAGGAGAAGUGCAGCAAUUAGCUACACACAGUGGAGCAUCGACUACUCCUCCGUGCAGUUUGUCUGUUUGCUAUCCGUCUUGCUUGUUCUUGCUGUGUAACAACAUCCUACCUCUAGGCUCAUCUCGGUACCUUUGGUACCUAUUAACUAUUUGCCUACACAUGUACAUGGAGUAUGGAGAGAGAAACUGAAGGAGGCAUUUGAGAUAAAGUCAACCACUUCGUACUAUCAACUUCAUUUCAUAACUCUAGACUCUCUUUCUGUUUCAUCAGUUCCUCACUCGCCUCACUCACCUCACUCACCUCAUCCACCUCC